GGAAUUUUGUUUUUAUUAUUGUUCGUAAAGUCAUUCAUACACUAUCCGAUACUCCCUUUUCGAUUUUCAAUUUUUUUUAAUACUUUUAUACUACAUAAAAGUCUAAUCAAUUUUGGUGGUAGAUUGAAAACUGUGUGUCCCUCCCUCUACCCCCUCACAUUCCCAGAUCAUCAAACCCUAGAGAGAUUCAUACAAAAUACACAGAGCGGUUGCGUAUAUAUAACCGAUUCGGACACGGAUUAUCAUCGCCCAACCCCCAAUUCCUCAUCUGAUUUUGCCAAGAAACCCUAGAUUUGUUUCCUCGUCGACGAAUUCGAUAGUGGAGAUGGACGAUAGCUGCGCGGUUUGUGCGGAAAGCUUGGAGUGGGUGGCAUACGGUGCUUGUGGCCACAAGGAUGUUUGCUCCACCUGCGUCGCUCGCCUCCGAUUUAUUUGCAAUGACCGCUGCUGCUGUAUUUGCAAAACCGAGAACGACGUCGUUUUCGUCACCAAGGCUUUGGGAGACUAUACAAAGACGAUCAGCGACUUCACAUUAUUUCCCCCUGAAAGGAGAGAGGGUAAGAUGGGUCAGUACUGGUACCAUGACGAUACACAGGCCUUUUUCGAUGAUUCAGAUCAUUACAAGAUGAUCAAGGCCAUGUGCAGGCUUUCUUGCAGUGAAUGUGAUAAGGAGGACCUCCCGGAUGAUGGUUCCAGGAGAAGAGCCAAGUUUAGGAACAUCGAUCAGCUGAAGGGUCAUUUGUUUCACAAGCAUAAGUUGAUCAUGUGCAGCUUGUGCUUGGAGGGGAGAAAGGUUUUCAUUUGUGAGCAAAAGUUGUAUACAAGGGCACAACUAAGUCAACAUAUAAACACUGGUGACUCAGAGGUGGAUGGAACUGAAAGUGAAAGAGGUGGCUUCUCAGGACACCCCCCUUGUGGAUUUUGCCAGACACCAUUUUAUGGGGACAAUGAGCUUUAUACUCACAUGGAGACAGAACAUUAUACUUGUCAUAUAUGUCGAAGGCAGCAUCCAGGAGAGCAUGAGUACUACGGAAAUUAUGAUAACUUGGAGAUUCACUUUCGUCAAGAUCAUUUCCUGUGUGAGGAUGACAGUUGCCUUGCCAAAAAGUUCAUUGUCUUCGCGUCAGAAUCUGAAAUAAAGAGGCAUAAUGCUAUGGAGCAUGGAGGGCGUAUGUCCCGUUCACAGCGCAGUGCCGCUCUUCAGAUACCUACCAGUUUUCGAUAUAGAAGAAGUGUUGAACAAGAGAAUCGUCGUGGAAGAGCACGUACCUUCCGCCGGGAUCUUGCGGAUGAACUUUCUUUGGCCAUCCAAGCAAGUCUUGAGACAGCAAGUGCUGCACCACCAAAUAAUCGGGCUCGCAAUGAUCAUGGAGAAAGUGCUGAUGUUGACUCACUUAUUUCACCUCUGGAAUCUAUAGGUACCACAGAUCCUGAGCUACCAUCAAGAUACCGACAGGCCGUGUCUCAGAGUUCAAUGAGUGGAACACUGGGAGACUCUGCAUUUCCUCCUCUUGCAGCGGGUCCUGGGGGUAGCCAACAGAGUUCUCAAACUGAUGCUCUCUCUAACAGAACUAUGGCUGCUCAUCUGCGCCACCAGAGCAAGAAGCAGGCGAGCUCCUCAAGCUCAGCUCCUGCUUGGCCAGCAGCUAGUCGUACACCAGUUCUGCCAGUCAAGAGUCGCCAGACUAAAAAACAGGUGAGCUCCUCGAGCUCAGGUCCUGCUUGGGCAGCAGGUAGUCGUACACCUGUGCAGCCAGUCGUUGCUUCUCAUGCGUGGCCUCCGGUAACUGCUGUUUCUGGAUCAGCAUCUAGUUCGGGACAGGGCAGAGCAGUUCCAGAAAUCGGAUCUGUGUCAUCUAGUCAAUCAACUUCUGCUCAGAUUCACCCGCCGUCAGCUGCUACUACAUCCUUUGCUGGUUCUCUGCUGUCAUCAAGGGCCUCUGGAAGCAGUAAUCGGCUAGGUCAUUCUUCAUCAGCCCCUAGUCUUUCAGACCGCGAGUCUUUUGAUUCAAGUACCGAUUUCCCUCCAGUUUCAGUAGUAGCCCAGUCGCGCAAAUCAACCACCGAUGACCAAUCUGUUAGGAAGGCAGGAAAUGUCCAUACAGCAAACAAAACUCUGGUGGAGAAAAUGCGUGCUGCGCUAGGAUCCGAUAAAGACAAAUUUACUGCUUUCAAAGACAUAUCUGGUCAAUACCGCCUAGGUUCAAUGGAUGUCGAGACAUACCUAACAUACGUAGAUCAUUUUGGUUUGUCUCAUCUUGUUCUUGAGCUGGCUGGACUUCUCCCUAAUCCUCAGAAGCAGAAAGAGCUGACAGAUGCUUACAAUCUUCAUAUGGCUUCAAGAGAAAAUGGUUGGAAUAACGGCUCGAGAGAUAGUAACAGUGGCUCCAAAAAAGGCAAAGGCAAAGGCAAAGGCAAGUCUGUAGAUACUGGAAACAGCUCCUCCGCUAAGAACAACCUAGCUGAUAAUGUUAUAAGCACUGUAAGAGCGCUGCAAUCGAGCUACAAUGCCCCAGAAGAAGAGGUCGAGGUGUUGUCAAAGGAUGGAUAUCGAAGUGCAAGGGGGAAACCAGUAGUUAAAGUUGGUGGUACAGAAUCAAGUGGACCUAAAACACAGAUGGAGUCAUCAUCCAACGGCGGUGGGAAAGGCAAGCAACGGAAGAAGACAUCCAAGUUUAUCCGGGCCCGUCUUGGAGAUGGCUCUGUUGAGGCUCUGUUAGAUCUGAAAAACUCCGACCAGGAUCCGGAUUCAGACGAUGGGGAACCUUCGUCGAAUGGGCUGGAUGCGAAUGUACCGGUUCGUGGUGUGUGGAGAAAUGGUGGGGGUCAGAAGCUAUUGUCGACCAAGUUGGGGGUGAAAAAGUGAGUCUGGAUCAGUUAUAUAGAUGUUGAUCAUGCUCUUGUGUAUUUUGUUGGAUUUUGGCUUUUUUGAGCAUCUCCGUUUGUGAUAUACGGAGAAAAGUUUUAUUGCACAAAGCAUCUUUUUUUGUUAGAUGAUUUGAACGAAGUUGUGUUUUUGCGAGUGUACUGAGAUGCUCAUUCCCAUACAUAAAAAUCAAUAUAAUUUUGGGUUAAUGUCUAAAGUAAGGUUUUGGGUUUUA